AUGUUGGGAUGUAUCUUGGGAGGCAUUCCCACUUCACUUCUAUUUUCAGCAUUCGAAUCGUGGCUUGUUGCUGAGCAUUUCAAGAGGGGCUUUGAUCAGCAAUGGCUGUCAUUAACAUUCUUGAAGGCCAUAUUUCUUGGAAAUGGCCUUGUCGCCAUUUUUUCUGGGCUGUUUGGAAAUGUUCUUGUUGAUACAUUGGCUCUUGGACCAGUAGCCCCCUUUGAUGCUGCUGCAGGUUUUCUUACAAUUGGUAUGAUCAUCAUAUUAUCUACAUGGACAGAAAAUUACGGUGAUGCUUCUGAAAACAAGAGCUUGCUUUCCCAAUUUAAGGGUGCCGCUGUGGCCAUUGCUUCUGAUGAAAAAUAG